AUGGUUGCUGAUUGUGAUCUGCUGGAUAAGUUUAUUCUAGAUGUUUUUGAAGCUCUACCUGAAAAUUUUUAUUUCCCAAUCUCAUCACAAGAGCAAGCAAGAAAAUUUGUCAAGGUUCUCCAUGAAAAAGGAAUUCAAUACGAUUUUAUAUGUAAGGAAAUUAAUGAACCUGACUCAAAUUUUAAUUUGUGGCGAAAAAGUGUUAGUCGACAGAGAGUUGGGGAAAGAAUUAUUGAUAGAAUUAAUCAACCAUUUGAAUUAUUUCUGGGUAGUUCAGCUAGAGAUUCUGAAUCCUCACAUGACAGAUAUGAAGACUUUUAUUUUGUUGAGCCUGAUUAUUUCAACUUCACCAUUCCACCUGUCAAUAAAAAGUGCAAACUUGGCAGACUUAAAAAAUUUACAAAUAUUUCAAAAAACAAUUCAAUCAAACAAACACCAAAAGCAAAUGAAGAAAAUCACAUUGAAGAAUCGGUGUUUUCAAUGAAAUGUAAUUCAUCUGAUAUUAAUAAUUUCACUGUAAUGGAUCAUUUACAAGAGGUAGAUGAUCAUUCUGACAAUGAUUCAAAUGCUGUCACAAAAAAUGAUUUAGAUGUUUUAAGUGAUAAAUCUUUGUACAACUUUGCUUCAGCUUAUGUAAGUGACAUUACAAAUGAUGUUCUGAAUAAUUACUUCUAUGAGGCAGAAAGUAGCAUCUCGCCACUACAAAGUUUCAGUAUGAAGGAAGGUUCCUGUUACGAGGUGAACAAGUUGAGCAAUGAUUCGUACAUAUCAUGCACAUCUCAAUUUGCAGAUGAUCAUGCAUCUCUUCUUUCUGAUGAUAAAGACUUCACUGCUGACGAACAAUAUUUGAGCUUGGACAAGUAUUCUUCUCCCUUCAGUUCCAAAGAUGUUUCUCCAGAAGGUAAUGAAACCAGUAAGAACAUUUCAGAUUCAAAUCUCGAUGCUCGUUGCUCACUUUUGCUAACCGACAACCACGAAAUGACUUCAGAACAUCACAAAUUUUCUGAAUGCAACAAGGAAUUGACAUAUGAAGAGGCCGAACACAAAGAUAUGCAAUAUAAAAGUUUGAAAGAAGGUGAGGAUGGAGUCAGAAAAUUGUCAAAUGCAUGUGAAGAUUCAAGUCAUGGUGAUGUAAUACCAGAUGAAAAAAUUAUAAGGGAGAAUGAGUGCUACAACAGUGAUGAAGAUGACUCGGAUUCAACUAAAUUCAAAGAGAACCAUUUGUAUCUGCGAAAAAUUGACAGAAACAAAACUGGUUUUAUAUACAUUUUCAUGCAGCCAAUUACAGACAAUGACUGUUCAAAAAGGUUCAAAAUUGGUGCUUCUCGGAACCCAGGAAGAAAAUAUUUGCAAGCUCUUAAUUUCAACAUCGAACUGAGGUUUGUUAAAGCUUACAAAGUAUCCAACAUGGCUGAGAGUUUAGAGAAAGUUUUCACAGAGUACAACUGUUUUGCACUUCAUCAUUACUCUGGCUGGUUUGAAGCAGACGAGGCAAGUUUCUUGGGAUGUCUCGAAUGUACUAUAAGAGGCAUUCCUUGA